AUGUCCAUCUUCUGCUACCCCAUCACCGCCCUCCGGUCGCUCCUCCAGAAGUCACGCUCGUACAAGGUCAAAUUGGAUGUGAAAACCCCUCAGCGCUCGAGCUACCGGAAGCUGGCCGCGGAUCUGGCCAUUGAUGUCAACCCUGACCAAGAUAGCGCCGAAUUCUUCGCGAUUCAUGAUGCAAAAGAGGAGGUUUUUAUCAAGGAAACCCGAAAGAAGCUCGAGCUAAUCCGAGCGGAAAUCGAUAUGAUCGAGAAGCCAGAGGAGGAGGAGCAGGAUCCUGAUUCAAAAUACGAGUACUACUACGAUGAGACGAUUUCGAUUGUGUAUGGAGAUGACAGCUACACAGAAUCUCAAGAGGGCGAGCCGCUAAACUACGCCUUCUACGAAAAUUCCUACACCGACGCCUCAUCGAAAUUCCGUACAGAUAGCCCGCUAGCAAAGUACCCGACCACGCAACUCCAGCUCGAA